CUGAGCAAAGCCCUGUCAAAAUUUAUUAAGAAUCUUUUCUUUGACUAACAAUUUCCAUUUCUGAGAUAGGCAAGAGUUGAACAAGAGAAUAAGCGAAAACCUUUUAAAAAUAAUGCAAAAUUCUGUUCGACGAGAGAGCUUGGGAAACAUUUAGAAAACUGACUUCGAAAGACCAUUGUAACUAAGAAUUCCCUAUUUGCAGAUUGACCUGAACGAUUUACUCAAAGAAAAACAGAAAGAAACUUUUAAAAAUUAACUGGUAAAAAAAAAUAAUAAUAAAUAAAUAAACAAAAAUUCCCUUUUCGCAGAUGGGCAAGAGUUGAACAAAAAAAAUCUCCCUUUACAGAUGGGCAUGAAAGAUCUGUUCAACGAGAAAUCGAGCGACCUGUCAGGUAUAACUGGAAAUCGUCAGCUGUUCAUCUCACAAGUCAUUCAUAAAUAUUUUCUGGAGGUGAAUGAGACGGGAACGGAGGCGGCGGCGGCGACGUGCACACCGACUUUGUGUACUUCUUACGUCCUCUUGAUUAAGAAGCCCAGACCACCGAACUUCAUAGCAGAUCACCCUUUCAUGUUCUUCAUUCGCGACCAACUUUCGGGCUUGGUUCUGUUCAUUGGAAGACUCACCGAUCCAACGGCGUAGCGAGGGUAACGGGAGUGUGGCGGCGAAGAGUUGUGACUUGUGAUUCUGUUGUGUUCGCUGUUUGUUCGCUGUUUUGGUUGUGAGUACUUCUGUAUGCCUGUCCUUCAU